AAUCAACCAAUCAGCAGCUCAAUCAUCUUUCGAUUUUGAACGUAGAAAUAUAAAGCCCAUGCACAUUAAUUGGAGCCUUGGGGUUAGGUGACCUGCCGGGGCGCCCAUCGAGAAUCUAACUAGCAAUUGCAUGCAUGUCUACAACCUCCCCCUAUAAAUACUCCAGGACUCAGCUUGUGUUUGCCACACAGAGAUAUAUACAUCUAUCUAUCUCGAUCAUCAUCAGUAGAGCAAUAUUCUAUCCUGAUUACUUCUUAAUUAAGUAAUACUUAAUUAACAAUGGCUUCAUCGUGUUUUUGUUCGAAGUUUGCGGUUUUGGGUGCUCUCGUCCUAAUGGUGGUGCUCGCGGGAAGCACCUCAGCUCAGCUCUCGGGGACUUUUUACUCAAGUUCAUGCCCAAAUCUCUUAACCACCGUGAGAUCUGCAGUCCGAACUGCAAUCAACAAUGAACGCCGCAUGGGAGCCUCUCUUCUUCGCCUGUUCUUUCACGACUGCUUCGUUAACGGAUGCGACGGGUCUAUACUCCUUGACGAUACAUCAUCCUUCACGGGAGAGAAGGGAGCUGCUCCGAAUCUAAACUCUGCAAGAGGAUUCGAUGUGGUUGAUAAUAUUAAAUCUGCAGUGGAGGGUGCUUGUCCAGGUGUGGUAUCUUGUGCUGAUGUGCUAGCCGUUGCUGCCCGAGACUCCGUUGCCAUUUUAGGAGGGCCGUCGUGGACCGUGAAAUUGGGAAGAAGAGACGCCAGGACUGCAAACCAGGCAGCUGCCAAUAGUAGCAUCCCUCCGCCUACUUCCAACCUUAACCAACUCAUCUCCAGCUUCCAAAAUGUUGGCCUUUCCACCAGUGAAAUGGUUGCUUUAUCUGGUGCGCACACGAUUGGACAAGCAAGGUGCACAUCUUUCAGGACUCGCAUAUACAACGAGACCAACAUCGACUCUUCCUUCGCCCGAACCAGGCAAAGCAACUGCCCCAGCGCUUCCGGCUCCGGCGACAAUAACUUGGCCCCUCUCGACAUCCAAACGCCUACCGCGUUCGAGAACGACUACUACAAGAACCUGGUCAACAAGCGUGGUCUCCUCCACUCCGACCAGCAGCUGUUCAACGGCGGAUCCACCGACUCCCUCGUCCAGACCUACAGCACCAACCCCUCCACUUUCAACUCCGACUUCGUGGCCGCCAUGAUCAAGAUGGGUGACAUUAGUCCCCUUACUGGGUCCAAUGGAGAGAUCAGGAAGAACUGCAGGAAGGUGAACUAAUUAUGCUAAAUUAAUUAAGUUGUUAUUAAUUAUUGGGGGUUAAUUAAUUAUGGUUUAUCUUCGGAUUGACAAUAAAUUGAACGCAGUUUUGCUCAGUUCUUAGGAGAAGAUAAUUUAAAAACAUUUAUAUAUAGGUUGGCUUUGAUUAAUCCAUGUUCGGAAUUUUCAAUUUCUGGGUUAAGGUACUUGAUGUCAAGUGUAUCUGGCUGGAUUUUAAGUUUUGGUUUUGAAUGAAUUUUUCAUUUUGAUGAUCA